GGAGUGACGUCAGAGGCGGGGAGGAGGUCUACCGCAGUGACAGCGACCUGUCUCUCUCUCUGUGUCUGUCUCUCUCUUUCUGUCUCUCUCUUUCUGUCUCUCUCUCUGUCUCUCUCUCUGUCUGUCUGUCUGUCUGUUGUACCAUCCUGCCAUCACCCGCCGGAUUAUCGAUACUCUGAUCGAUUAUUAACUGCACGUUCCAGCGGCGGGAGGCUCGCGCGCUCAGACCGACACAGACCGACCUCCAUCUUCAUCCUCUCAUCCUCUUCAUCCUCUCAUCAUCUUCAUCCUCUCAUCAUCUUCAUCCUCUCAUCCUCUUCAUCAUGUCCGGAACCAAGGACGAGGACCGCAAAGCCUCCAGCGAGUGGCGGGAAUUCUUCUGGAACCCGCGAACGCACGAGCUCAUGGGCCGAACCGCCUCGAGCUGGGGUCUCAUCCUGCUCUUCUACCUGGUCUUCUACCUGUUUCUGGCGGGAAUGUUUGUUCUCACCAUGUACAUCAUGCUGCUGACGCUGGACGACUACAAACCCACCUGGCAGGACCGCCUGGCCACUCCAGGGAUGAUGAUUCGUCCGAAGGGCGAUCAGCUGGAGAUCAGUUUCUCGGUCUCAGACACUGAGAGUUGGGACGGCUUCAUCCAAAACCUCAACACCUUCCUCUCUCCGUACAACGACAGCUACCAGGUUCAGACCAACGAUAACUGUCCUCCAGAUCAAUACUUCAUUCAGGAGGACAGUGGAGAGGUCAGGAACAAUCCCAAGCGUUCCUGUCAGUUUAAUCGGACCAUGCUGGAGGACUGUUCUGGGAUUUCGGAUCGUUUCUAUGGUUACAACAGAGGUCAGCCCUGCGUCCUCAUCAAACUGAACCGGGUAAUCGGGAUGUUGCCGGGGAAGGACGGUCAGUCUCCAUAUGUCACCUGUGGAGCCAAGAGGUACAAAGUGGAUAAAGACGAGUGGAGGGAGGACAGUGAUAAAAUUGGACCUCUGGCAUAUUUUCCUCCCAAUGGAACCUUCAACCUAAUGUACUAUCCAUACUACGGCAAGAAAGCUCAGGUGAACUACACUCAGCCGCUGGUGGCCGUGAAGUUCCUGAACGCCUCUCUGAACACGGACAUCAACGUGGAGUGUAAAAUCAACUCCAACACUCUGGCUGAAGGCAGCGAGAGAGACAAGUUCGCUGGACGGGUGUCCUUCAAACUACGAAUCAACGACAAAUAGACACACACACACUCACACACUCACACACACACACACACACACACACACUCACACACACCGACUCACACUCACUCACACACACACACACAGUAACACACACACUCACUCACACACACACACACGCACUCACACGCACUCAUACACACGCACUCACACACACACACACACGCACUCAUACGCACUCACACACACACACUUACUUACACACACACUCACACGCACUCACACGCACACACUCACACACGCACUCACACACACACUCACACGCACUCACAUGCACACACUCACACACACACUCACACACACACACGUUGAAGCUGCAGUAAUCUGGUGUUUCCGUCCUCAAUCUGUCCUUUAACGUAGAAUCAUGUCAUGAUGCGUUCACUGACCCUCUGAAUUGCCAGCUUUAGUUACAGUCUGUUUAUUGUGUUUGGUAUUUCCUCUGAGCCUCAGUGCAGCUUUAACUCUGACCCUGAAACCGACCAAUCAGCACGCACACACGCUCUGAUGUCACUGCCACUGAGGAAGGAGUGAAGAACGACAGGCGAUCACAUCGAUGGAUGAAGCUAAGACCAAGUUAUUGAUCGCAUAGCACUGUGUUUACUGAUGGACGGUUUAUGUGUUCUUUUCAUUUAUUUAUUACUUGUUUAUUUAUUUAUUUAUUUAUUGAUUUGGUUAUUGAUGAUGACUCAAAGUCAGCUGAGUUUAGAUUACAGGUACGAUGAGCUCUGAUUGGCUUUUCAGAAACUGGUUUAUAGGUCCCUGCACAUCCUGGAGAACCUGGAGAAACCUGGAAAACCUGAUGUUGUUAAUCAGCUCAGCAACUAAAGUACAACUUACAAGAAACCAGUUCAGGAACCAGGACUAGUUCAGAUAUCAGCUCUUAAACCAGUUCACAAGGAACCAGGACUAGUUCAGAUAUCAGCUCUUAAACCAGUUCAGGAACCAGGACUAGUUCAGAUAUCAGCUCUUAAACCAGUUCACAAGGAACCAGGACUAGUUCAGAUAUCAGCUCUGAAACCAGUUCAGGAACCAGGACUAGUUCAGAUAUCAGCUCUGAAACCAGUUCAGGAACCAGGACUAGUUCAGAUAUCAGCUCUGAAACCAGUUCAGGAACCAGGACUAGUUCAGAUAUCAGCUCUGAAACCAGUUCAGGAACCAGGACUAGUUCAGAUAUCAGCUCUUAAACCAGUUCAGAAGAACCAGGACUAGUUCAGAUAUCAGCUCUUAAACCAGUUCACAAAGAACCAGGACUAGUUCAGAUAUCAGCUCUUAAACCAGUUCAGGAACCAGGACUAGUUCCGAUAUCAGCUCUUAAACCAGUUCAGGAACCAGGACUAGUUCAGAUAUCAGCUCUUAAACCAGUUCACAAAGAACCAGGACUAGUUCAGAUAUCAGCUCUUAAACCAGUUCAGGAACCAGGACUAGUUCAGAUAUCAGCUCUUAAACCAGUUCAGGAACCAGGACUAGUUCAGAUAUCAGCUCUUAAACCAGUUCACAAGGAACCAGGACUAGUUCAGAUAUCAGCUCUUAAACCAGUUCAGGAACCAGGACUAGUUCAGAUAUCAGCUCUGAAACCAGUUCAGGAACCAGGACUAGUUCAGAUAUCAGCUCUGAAACCAGUUCAGGAACCAGGACUAGUUCAGAUAUCAGCUCUGAAACCAGUUCAGGAACCAGGACUAGUUCAGAUAUCAGCUCUUAAACCAAUUCAGGAACCAGGACUAGUUCAGAUAUCAACUCUUAAACCAGUUCAGGAACCAGGACUAGUUCAGAUAUCAGCUCUGAAACCAGUUCAGGAACCAGGACUAGUUCAGAUAUCAGCUCUGAAACCAGUUCAGGAACCAGGACUAGUUCAGAUAUCAGCUCUUAAACCAGUUCAGGAACCAGGACUAGUUCAGAUAUCAGCUCUUAAACCAGUUCACAAAGAACCAGGACUAGUUCAGAUAUCAGCUCUUAAACCAGUUCAGGAACCAGGACUAGUUCAGAUAUCAGCUCUGAAACCAGUUCAGGAACCAGGACUAGUUCAGAUAUCAGCUCUGAAACCAGUUCAGGAACCAGGACUAGUUCAGAUAUCAGCUCUUAAACCAGUUCAGGAACCAGGACUAGUUCAGAUAUCAGCUCUUAAACCAGUUCAGGAACCAGGACUAGUUCAGAUAUCAGCUCUGAAACCAAUUCAGGAACCAGGACUAGUUCAGAUAUCAGCUCUUAAACCAGUUCAGGAACCAGGACUAGUUCAGAUAUCAGCUCUUAAACCAGCUGACUGAACCUACAGCCAAUCAGAUGCUCGUUAGUUAAUUAGAUGAAUAAGUCAUAAUAAUAAGUUAGUGGAGUUAGUUAACGUGGUAGGAAGUCGUUAAUCGUUCCGUGUUUAUUUUGUUUACUGUUGAUUUGUUUACUUGUUUAUUAUUGUCAUUGUGGGGCUGAGCAUGGCAACUGUUACCAUGACAACCAGGCACACACCUCACCUUCGUCUUCCUUUAAAGAGUGACCGGCCAAUCAGAAGGUCCCGCUGUAUGAUGUCAUAUGAUAUUUGUCAUUGGUUGAUUUCUCCUGCCUGAAAAUGUCCUUGUGUUUAACAACAAAUAAAAACAAAGAAACAAAAA